AGAGGUUUAUAGGAAGCUGUGGAUUGUCUGCUGUCCGAAGAUCUGACGCGAAAAGCGAAAAGUCGAGGUACUCGAACGAGACUGCGUAAAGUUAGAAUCAUGUCGGGAUUUCUAGACGGCAUCAGGUGCGGAGAUUGCGAAUGCAGUGUGGACUGGAGUGAGAAAAGGAAUACCAUUGCAUCAAUAGCCGCUGGAGUGCUUUUCUUCACUGGUUGGUGGAUCAUCAUCGAUGCAGCAGUCAUGUACCCCGAUGGAAAUUCAUUCCACCACGCUUACCACACCUGUGGAGUCAUAGCCACCAUAGCCUUCCUCAUGAUUAACGCUGUAUCAAAUGGCCAGGUCAGAGGAGAUAGCUACAGUGAAGGAUGCAUGGGACAAACAGGUGCAAAGGUCUGGUUACUUAUUGGGUUCAUGCUGGCAUUUGGCUCUCUCAUUGCUUCUAUGUGGAUUCUGUUUGGAGGAUUUGUAGUGCCUGGAAAAGAGCAUGUGUACCCUGGUAUUGCAGUCUUCUUCCAAAAUGCAUUCAUCUUCUUUGGGGGCCUGGUGUUUAAAUUUGGGCGCACUGAAGACUUGUGGCAGUAGAAACUUGUUCAUGAUACGUGCCUGGUCCAUCAAUGCACUCCCUCCUCCCAAGCCACGUGUCUCAUUCUCCCUCUCUCCCAUACCAGAACGCUCAAAUCGGUUCCUCCCCCUUUAUUUGUUUUCUUUCUUUUCUGUCUCCUCCACUAUGGCAACACUUUGACCAUGUCAGUUUGUAGACUAAGUAAGGAUUGUGCUACACAGCAGUUUUCGCAUCUAUCCAAACAGGACAAAUGGUCAUUUUAGAUCACUAAAAUGAGAUUUCAAAACAUUCUAUUAUAAUUUGUCUACUAUAGUGCUGUUUUAUUUUCUUACAGCAAACCAUCAACAUUUUGUCUUGUCUAGAUUUACCCAUUACUUGCUUUCCUCAUUCACAUAACCAAAGCUCACUUGUUAUAAUUUUCUGUCAAGUGAACUGUUCAACAGAUAUUGCCUUGCUUAUGGCAACAUAUUUUCUUGUUCUGGAUAUCUUAUUUGUUUUAAUUUGUUCUUUUUUUUUUUACCUGGCACAACUCACUAUGCCUCUUCAGUUUUUGUGUUGCUUUCUCAAUAUGGCCUGGAAAAUGUACUGAUGCGUUGUAUUUUCAGUGAGGGGUGAAUUUUGGCAGCACAUUCUCUUAGGUGUGUGCUAAACAGUGUCUCCUCUUUCUUUUAAAACAAGCUGCAGUCUCCCUUUUUAAAGAAUACUGUCUUUUACAUGUAAGAUACAUUUGUUAUAAUUCUGUCCCUGUAGGUUUUGUGUAAUAAAGUACAUAUAGUUGGGAAAUUCCACUGAAACCUGGAAAGAAACCAACAGGUUGAUGAUAAAAAAUGAUGCAAUGACUCAGUGACUGCUUCUCAUUUUCAAAAUUUUCGAAUUGUUAUUGGAAGUGUUGUCUUUUUCCAUGCAUAAAAACAGUUCUGUACUUUUAAUUUGCAAUCAUAGGUCUGGGAACUGUUUUCUUAAAUCUCGUGUGUCUUGUAAUUUGUUCUCUGACUGGGAUAAUGUCUUUUGAAUUUUGGUGAGUACAUUGGUUUGUAACCCCCCCUCCCCCUACAAUUUUCUUUUGUUUGAAGAAAUGAAAAUGCGUCUUUGAUGACUCCACAGCGCUAGAGACAACAUGUUCCCUUUCACUUGUUACUCUUUCUUCCUUAUUUCAGGCAUUUCAGAUUCUUUGAGUUUUGUUAUGUAGCUUUUAGCUUAGUGUUCACUUAUUUAUGAAUGGUUGUGUGUCUGUUGUGCAAAAGCUUUACAAUAUGGAUGGGGGAAAGAAGCACAAAUAGAUAUUUCUUUACAUUCAAGGACAGAGGAUAGGUCAGUGGGAUAAGUCUGGUUGACACUAAUAGAUUAAGGGUGUUUGAGCCACCAGCUUAAAGAAUGUAACCUUUUGCUCAUUUAAUCUCUACUCUUUAUCUCAUGUAACAACAUUAAGAUACUGCCUCUUUAAAUGUGCAGUUAUAAGUUACGCAGCAAAUAAAUUUAUUUGAAAUUGA